AGGUUUUCCAAUUCUCACAUUUUCUCAUUUCAAUUCUAUCUCGUGAUUUAACAAAAUUCGUUUUGAAGGACACCGCCCAACAUUUAUCUCGAUUCAUCCAUUUUCAACUGCUUAUCCAAAUAUACAAUAUGAACCAGAAGGAACGAGAAUUUGUUGAUUAUCUUCGCCACGAGUGCAAAGAUCUCCUCACUGAAUACUACGAUACCGACUUCAACCUUCUCAGAUGGGCGCAAGGAUACGGUUUUGAUAAAGAUGAGGCUCUCGCUGAACUUCGUAGACAUCUUCGCUUUCGUCAGUACUACGACCUCGAUAAUAUUUUGACAAAUGUACCAGAUCAUCCAAUUCUCAAAAAGUACUUCCCACUUGGUCUAGUCGGUGAAACUGGAAAAGACAAUCAACUUCUCGUGAUUGAAUGUGCCGGUCGAAUUGAUUUGAUGGGAAUCCUGAAAUCUGUUCAUCUUUCUGAUUUUUUGAUUCAAAGAUUCAAGUUCCAAGAAAAAAUGUUGGCAGCAAUGAAUGAAAUGGAAAGAAAAUAUGGAACACAAUGUUCAGUAAUCUAUAUUUUAGAUUUAGAAGGACUUAAAUUCGAUCCAGCAUUGAUUAGUAUUGUCACAGGACCGUACAGAAUUCUUUGGGCAUCUGUAUACACAGCAUAUCCAGAAUGGAUAAAUACCCUAUUUUUAAUAAAUGCUCCAUCAUUCAUGACUCUUUUAUGGAAAGCCAUUGGACCACUUCUACCUGAAAGAACUCGAAACAAAGUUCGUAUUUGUUCGGGAAACUCGGAUUGGAAGACAUCAGUUCAAAAGCACGCACACAUCGACAAUAUUCCAAAACACUGGGGUGGAACUCUAGUCGAUAAAAACGGUGACGGAAUGUGCCGUGACAUUUUGAAUAUUCCAUUUGACUCAAUCCCACAAGAGCUCUAUUGGACACCAACUCACGAGACUCCUGCCAUCAAGGACCUCGUGUGCACUAAUAUUGGACCCGGAAAAUCGGCCGUUUUCACGUACACAGUUGACAAAAGUGUCACCGAACCGGUUUAUAUUGUUAUCAACAGAUUUUGCGAUCGAACAUUUGGAAUGGGUAUUUGGCAUGGAGAUGAUGAAUGUUUAGAGAUUGAUGAAAUGAAUGAAUUGGCUCCAGAUUUUGAUUAUCCAGGAAUGCCCACUGUUGAUUAUCUGCGUCUUCGAAUGCCAGGCGCCGGAGUUUAUAAGAUCAAAUGGGGAAAUGAGCAAGCUUGGAUCCGAUCGUUAACCCUUUAUCAUAGAGUUCGAUUUCAAAAUGAGCAUAAAGAAAAUGUCAAGUAUAUGGAAGUGUGAUUAAACAUUAACAGUUGUUCUUUGAAAUUUCAUUCUUAAAUAUUCAAUCCAAUACAUGUAGAACGUUUGCGUUGUUGUGUACAUAAAUAAAUAAAUUUAAAUAAUUGAAU